GCCAUGGUAGCUUGUGUUAGGGUGGGAGUUGCAGAAACAGACAUCCAGCCAGCCGGGGCCCUGCACUGUGGGGAGCCCCCCUACAAAAGUGCUGAGGCAUGGCUUGCCCCAACCACACUGACAAGCCUUGUCUUAAGAAAAAUGCACAACCUGAAGCGCAGCAUGCAGUCACCAGUUGUAUCAAGAGCUGUUCAGUGGUACUUAUGGCCCAGCCUGAAACCAUGUGGCAAGAGGAGACUGAGUCUGUGAUCAGUGGCAUGACCAGCCACUGGAAGAACUGGGAUGCUGUGGCUGCCCCUGAUCACAUACCUUCAUCAUCACAUGAUGCUCCAGGGCUCAGCAAUCUGCAUAUAUGUGGACGGUAUGAGCCGGUGACCAGGAGCUCCAGGUCAGUGCCGUCCGACGGAGAAGAUGGCGCUGAGGAAUGGGGGCGUACUGUGCUGAUGACGUCAGAACAGCCGGACUCCCGAGUCAGCAGUCCUUCAGGUGCAGGCGCCGUCUCAGACGGUGACGUCCCGCCUGAUCCGUUGGCGUUGUCGGCUGCAGAUGAAGAGCUGCUGAAACACGACACUGGCUUGUCACCUGGCACAACGGGUUCUUCAUUGCUUUGCUGUGGAUACUGCGGCUUCCAUCCUUCAAAUCAAGACAGUCUCAUGGAGCACCUGAGAUGUCAGCAUCAAGAGGAGUCGUCUGGCUGGGCCUUCCACAGUCAGAGCCAGUGUGACAGCGAGGGCUGUAUGCGCCAAUGCUGCGGAGGGGCGCCCAGCGAAAUGAAGUGCUUAACACGCUCCGUUCUACCUCACCAUGAUGCGAAGCUGUGCAGAUAUGACGUGUGCGGCAAAUCGUUCGCCCAGCGGGACAUCUUAGCCUCGCAUGUUCAAACCCACGCCGCCGAGAAAUCGUUCACGUGCGAGGUCUGUAGAGAGUCGUUCAGCGAAGGGGACCAGCUCACGUACCACCUUAAAGGCCACACGGAGAACAAGAUGAAAACUUGCGAGGUAUGUGGAAAAUCAUUCAAGUUCCAAAGCAGCCUUAUGCGUCAUCUCCUGAGUCACACAGGUGAAAAGCCGUUCACCUGUGAAUUCUGUGGAAAAUCAUUCGGUCACAAGAGCAACUUUAAGUUGCAUCUUCGGACCCACACCGGUGAGAAACCGUUCAGUUGUGAAGUCUGUGGGAAGUCGUUCUAUCAAAGGUUCGACCUUAAUAAUCACCUCCGGACUCACACAGGUGAGAGGCCGUUCGUUUGUGAAGUCUGUGGGAAGUCGUUCGGUCUCAGGAAGAUCCUAACGUUCCACCGUCAGACCCACACAGGGGGGAGGCCGUUCAGUUGCGAGGUCUGUGGCCAGUUGUUCGCGCAACGUAGCCACCUCACGAAUCACCUUCGGGCCCACACCGGUGAGAAGCCGUUCAGUUGUGAGCUCUGUGGGAAGUCGUUCGCGCAACGUGUCAACCUUACGAAACACCUUCGGACCCACACCGAUGAGAAACCAUUCAGUUGUGAGCUCUGUGGGAAGUCGUUCAGGCGGCGUAGCCGCUGUAGGGAUCACCUUCGGACCCACACCGUUGAGAAAUCGUUCAGCUCGGAGUUCUGUGUGGACUUGCUCAGGUAACUUCACACCUUUGCGAAGCGCCUUCGAACUCGCAGAGGCAAAAUGCUGACCAGGUGUAACGUCUGCGGGAAGUCGUUCCUUGUGAAGUCUCGCCUUACGUAUCACUUCCGGAUUCCCACAUGUGAGAAGUCGCCCGGUCGUAGGGUCUGUGAAAGGUCAUUGGGUCGCAGUGGCGCUCAAACUGCAUCUUCUGACCCACACCGAUGGGAAACUGUUUGGUUGCGCGCUCUGUGGAAAGUCGUCCAGCUGACGUGGCUACCUUGCCGAUCACCUUUUGGCUCAGCGGUGAGAAACCGUUUAUUCGCGAGCUCUGUGGGGGCUCGUUCAGGUGACUACAUCUUUACGAAGCACCUCCGGUCCCACAAAGGUAAAAAAACCGCUGAGUUCUGAGUCUCGUCGCCGGUUGUUCAGCGACAGGAGCAGCCAUGCUGACACCUGUGGGGAGUCAUUCAUUCAGACGAGCCAUUAUGCUCAGCACCUUCAGGCUCCGAGAGGUGAAAAGCCGUUCAGUUGUGAAGUCCCGGAAGUUGUUCCGUGUGAAGUCCCACCUCAUUUAUCACCCCCGGAUGCGCACAAGUGAGGAUCCGUUGAGGUGUGAGCUCUGGGAAGUCGUUCGGGCACAGAAGCAACCCUACUAUGCAAUUGCAGAUCCAGGACAAUAGAAAAGCUGUGUAUUUGUAAAGUCUGUGGAUUGUUGUAUCGCUACCGCAGCACUCGUACCUAUCGCGUUCGAGCCCGCACCUGUGAGAAACCUUUCAGCUGCGGUGUGUGCGGACAGCGUUUUGUUGAGAGUAGUGUGUAUGUUAACGUUUGCGACCACUACUUUCAAAGCUUGUGCUGUGUAAAUUGUCGUAAUGCAUACCUGGGCACGAACCAGGUUAAUUGUGGAACGUGCGGCAAGUCUUUCAACCUCAGACGUGUACAUGGACGUUGUAUUUGACCCCGCCCCAGGCGGUGACAUUGGAUUGUACCGCAAGGCAUUUUGUGAACCGUGCUCUUCGCCUUUUGUCUUGGAUGUUGGCUGCCAGCCGGAAAUAAACCUGUCCAGGGUUCCGCUCGACCAACACCGGUUUCCACUCCGUCCCACAGCGUAGUAGUAUUUCCGACAUGGACUCCAGGUACCAGACCACAGCGUUGAGGCCGCUCAUAUCCCGAAGACGGCCCAGUUGCGCGCUCGAUGGUGGUGACGGCGCUGUAGGAGGCGCACCGUUAACUGUGCGUCAGGAAUAUGCAUCAACCGUGCAUUAUGACUUGCGAUUGUGGUCACCAUUGGUGGUGGCUGACUGAGCCGGGUUCCGCCAGCCCGUUUUGAACCGCUGGGAAGUGGCUGGCAGAAACUACUUGUGACAAGUGGAGUGCGCGCUUAGAUCAGCCACCGUGCGUCUCUUGGGCCGAUGAACGGAGCUGAGCAAGAUAUGUCGUUUACGAUUAAUCUCAGCAAGCUUGCAAAGCGGCCCGGGUUUGCUUUCGGGAUAGGGGGCUGCAGCUAUUUUGAUGCACGUCGUGCUGAUUCCGCUCCGAGCGAGCACUGCAACGCCCACGUGCCCUCGGCCAUCUGGCCGGUCGGUAGCUGAACCCGUGGAGAAGUGGCUCACUGUGUUGUGUUGCAAACAUGUUUAGCCACCAUAAACAUUCGCCAGGCUGUAUGCAUUGAUCAAUGCAAAAUACAUCGACAUGUAUCAACGCUAUCAGUUGAGUUAGUUGUAUUCACGAAUCAUUCCAAUAAGUGGUGUUGUAUUCACGAAUUAUUCCAACAAGUGGUUUGUGGUUUGAUUUGGUACAAUGACAACAGAAGCAUAGAUUUAACAUAGUAACAUGACACCAACGGAACCACAUUCGCACCUUAUCAAUCAUCCAGUCGUUCGCACGACUCAGUCAAAAACAAAAUAAUUAACAAGAUCUAAAUCGUCAGCGUCAAUCACCACUGUACCCCGGCUACAUCGUGGGCACAGCCGCAGUCUGUGUCGGAGGGGGCCCGGGUGCGUACCUUUUUGCAUUUGUCUCUGCAACGUUGAUAAUCUCAUGUGCAAUUCUGGUUCACAUGUAUCGUGCAUUACCCACGACGCUGAGAGCGUUCGCGUUGUGUUCUGGUCGCCUGGUAUCGGUGCCUCUCGUCUCGGCGCUUCGCACUUUGGUAAUAAACAUGGAACCGUG